GGAAGUGAGAAAGUUGGCACGGUCACCCAGGGCUUCGCAGGACCCAGUCACUCAGUGACAGAUGGACAUUGCAAGAAUGAGCUCCUUUCUGGAAUACCCCAUCAUUGGCAGUGGCGACUCUGGGACCUGCUCAGCGCGAUCCUACCCCUCGGACCAUGGGAUUACAACUUUCCAAUCCUGCGCGGUCAGUGCCAACAGCUGCAGCGGCGACGACCGCUUCCUAGUGGGCAGGGGAGUGCAGAUCAGCUCGCCCCACCACCACCACCACCACCACCACCACCACCACCAUCACCACCCCCAGCCGGCUACGUACCAGACUUCUGGGAACCUGGGGGUGUCUUACUCCCACUCGAGUUGUGGUCCUAGCUAUGGCGCACAGAACUUCAGUGCGCCUUACAGCCCCUAUGGGUUAAACCAGGAAGCAGACGUAAGUGGUGGGUACCCCCCGUGCACGCCCGCUGUUUACUCUGGAAACCUAUCAUCUCCCGUGGUCCAGCACCACCAUCACCACCAGGGUUAUGCUGGGGGUACUGUGGGCUCGCCUCAGUACAUUCACCACUCAUAUGGACAAGAGCAUCAGAGCCUGGCCUUGGCCACGUAUAAUAACUCCUUGUCCCCUCUCCACGCCAGCCACCAAGAAGCCUGUCGCUCCCCUGCGUCGGAGACGUCUUCUCCAGCGCAGACCUUUGACUGGAUGAAAGUCAAACGAAACCCUCCCAAAACAGGGAAAGUUGGGGAGUAUGGCUAUGUGGGUCAACCCAACGCAGUGCGUACCAACUUCACCACCAAGCAGCUCACGGAGUUGGAGAAGGAGUUCCACUUCAACAAGUACCUGACUCGCGCCCGCAGGGUAGAGAUCGCAGCGUCCUUGCAGCUCAACGAGACCCAGGUGAAGAUUUGGUUCCAGAACCGUCGAAUGAAGCAGAAGAAACGUGAGAAGGAGGGGCUCCUGCCCAUCUCCCCGGCUACCCCCCCAGGAAACGACGAAAAGGCGGAGGAAUCCUCGGAGAAGUCCAGCUCUUCGCCCUGCGCUCCUUCCCCGGGGUCUUCAACCUCAGACACCCUGACUACCUCCCACUGAAACCCAGUUCCCCGCAGCCCAUGCUGCUCCUGGGACUGGGAUUUCUUACCCAAAGCACAUUCUUAGCUUAUCUUCCAUUCCAUUUGCAGUCUCUCUUCUUUUCUGAUCCUAUCUGGGGAGCUCCUGGCCCUGGUCUGGAUAAAGUGUUUCCAGAGAAUUCUGGAGACUUGGCUGGAGGUUAACUCCUUAAUUCACAUUGGGUGCCAGGGUCAAUUUCUGGUGGUACCUGACCUUCUUGGUUUUUGGAGAUAUUUUUCACACAACCUCCAGUUCAUUUUGGAUGUCCUUUGGAAAACAGUUCACUUUCCCAGCAGAAACAUGCCAAAGGGAGGCAUCUCACCUUUGGCUGACAGUGUAUUUACAGUUCUUCUGUACCUUACCCUUAAGCAGGAUAUAGAGAAAGGAGAGAGCUCAUAAUGAGUAUGUUUACACAAUUCAUCCCUUAAUUUAAGUCAGUGUUGUGUGUGUGAGGUUGUUGGCUGUAAAUACUUUCUCUUGAGAGAUUUAUCUUUAUACAGAUUUUCUAGAAAUGCUUAAGUGACUAAA